AUGCCAAUAAACGAUUCAUUUGUCUCCAAAGAGGAGGUGGAGAAGGCGUGCAAUUGUCUUCAUUGCACUUAUCAAAGACCUGUUGUACAGGUCACCAAGGAGGAGCGUAACCGCCUUCCAGUUCCAAAAUAUGUCACCACUCUUCUCAAUAUGGCUCUCCUAGCUCUCGUACUCAUCCUCAUCUUCGGCACAGUGCUAGGUUUCUGUUUGAACAAUAAGGACAAGGCAAUGAUCCUCUUCCUCACCCGCACCCGUAAACGCAAACGCGAAUACGAAGAGGCGUUGGCCCGAGAAGCUGCUGAAAGAGCAGCCAAGGAAGCGGAGGAACAGAAUCUGAUAAAUUGGAACCCCUUCCUCAAUCGCUAUGGCAUGCUGGCUGGAAGUGGAGCAAUGGGAGGCUUCGGACCCUUCUCAGCUCGUCUACCAAUGGGAAACAUGGACGGCACAAGUGGCGGUCAAUUUGGUGGCUCGCAGCACUCCGCGUCCGCCAAUCAGGAGGCUCAAAAAGGUGCUGGACGCAAACGGGGUGGACGUUGA